GAAAUAUAAGGCUAGAUUUUGAAGGCUAUUUUCUUUUUGGAUUUGCUGCCUCAAGGAGAGAUAAUAUUUGUUAGAGCACCCCUUCAUCAUGGUGGACUUAUUCAUUGAUCGGGUCCUGCUAAAGAACAACAAGGACCAAGAUGAGCUGGACACAGAGCGUGAGAUCAUCAUGCGCCUGCAGAACCGAAUCCUGAUGCUCUUCUUUGCUUCUGCUACGUGUGAGACCUGCAGGCAGUUUGCGCCCACGCUCUCUGACUUCUACAAACAGUUGACAGAUGAGUUCUAUGUGGAUCGUGCUGCUCAGCUGGUUCUCCUGUACAUUAGUUUGGACCAGUCAGAGGAAGAGCAAGAAAGUUUCCUCAAAGAGCUCCCCAAAAGGUGCCUGUUCCUGGCCUAUGAGGACCCCUACAGGAGGGAGCUGGAGGCUAUGUUUAAUGUGGAGGAGGUGCCCACAGUGUUGGUGCUGCGUCCCGACUGCUCCAUCCUCAUCCCUAAUGCCGUGGAUGAGAUACUCCGCCUUGGCCCAGACUGCUACCGCAACUGGCAGGAGGCAGCAGAGCUCAUUGACAGGAACUUCAUGAACAAAGAGGACUUUGAGGAGAAGUCCAUGCGCAGCUUCAGCGACCCUGUGAGAAGACUGAAGUAUAAGGUGGAAGAUGAAAAGAAGAAAAAGAAGAAGAAAAAGCGAAAGGGGUGGGGUGGAGGUGGAGAUGAAGGUGUGGAGGCGGAUGGAGGAGCGGGCGACAAGGAAGGAGGGGGAUCACCAUGGUGA